AUGCCGGGCCUCAAAGAAACCCCAACCACAACCAUAACCAUAACCCCAACCACCAAAGCAGCCAUCUGCAUUAUCGGCUCUUUAAACAUCGACUUCGUCACCAGCACCCCGCGUUGCCCAGGGCCCGGCGAAACGCUAACAGCAACCUCCCUUACGGUGACAGCGGGCGGUAAAGGCGGAAACCAAGCUGUCGCAUGUGGCCGGGCCUCGUUCACCUCAAAGCACAGCCAGGAUGUAUCGGUCAGCAUGAUCGGCGCGGUCGGCGCCGACGAUGUGUACUACAGCACACUUCUCAAGCCAGCGCUCGAGGCAUCGGGCGUCAACACCUCGCACAUUGAGGAAUCUCCGGACGCGCAAACGGGGUCAGCGAGUAUCAUUGUCGAGGAAGAGAGUGGGGAGAAUCGAAUUCUAGUUGUUCCUGGUGCGAAUCAUGCCGGGAUGAUGGGGGAUGUGGAGCAGAUUGUCACUGCUGUCAAGGAGACAGGGGACGUCAAGUUGGUUGUGAUGCAGGGUGAGAUCCCUCGGAAGACAACACUGGGAUUGUUGGAGUAUUUCAACGGCGGCGUCUCGGGGUCUGAUCGAGCCCAUGUUAUUUUUAACCCGGCGCCUGUAUUCCCGGACGGAAUUCCGAUGGCGGCGUUGAAGGGGACUUCUGUUCUCAUUAUGAACGAGACGGAAGCCAUUCAGAUGUCAAGAUCUAUUGCUGGGCUGCCGAUUGGGGAUGUACCUACCGACUUGGAUGACUUGAAGCCCGAAGAGUUGGCGCCGAGUUUCCAUGAGAUGGCGCAUGUGCAGAUUGUGCUGAUUACGCUUGGGUCAAAGGGGGUUUAUUUUUCGACUAGGAGUGGGAGGACUGGGGCUGUAAAGGGGGUCAAGGUUGCAAAGUUGGCGAGGUUUUUGGCACAGGGUGCUUCGUUGAAGGAGUUUGAUGCAGAGAUUGAAAGUGCUGUGCAAAAGGCGAAUGCUGCGGCGGCGAGUACGGUUCAGCGCCGAGGUGCGGCGCAGAGUAUCCCCUUUGCGUAUGAUAUGGAAUGA